AUGCGAACGGACAACGAUCACUGUGAUCGAUGGUCGUCCAUGUGUAUAGGGGUUAGCUUCCGCGGCUUAUCUUUUCAUUUCACCUUUAUAAGUUAUUUUUUAGUUUGCGAUUAGAAAGACUCGAGCUAAGUUUCAGCGGGCAUUGCGCUCGAAGAAAAGAAGAGGCUCGAAGCCGAAGAGGCCCGGCAAACUGCCACGAAGAGGGUCGCAACAAAUGGCUUCUCAUCCUCUGGAUCAUUUCAAUGAUUCCAGAGCAUGGGAAAUCAUUCUCGUUACUACUUUGUCACUAUGCUCUUUU